AUGCGGGACAUGGGCUCACUGUGUCUAGAUGACAUUGAGUUUGGUGACUCAAGACCUGCAGUCAAGAAUAUUCUUGGUGGAGCAGCUUCAUUUGCAGUCGUGGGUGCCCGUUUGGUUUCCGGCUCCAAAUAUGCACAAUCCGUGAGCUGGAUCGUGGAUGUUGGCUCUGAUUUUCCUUCCGAAACCCUAGAUGUGAUCAAAUCAUGGAACACAGAUUGUCUGUUCAGGGAUGAUCUCAGCCGACUGACUACAAGGGCCUGGAAUGGGUACCAUCCCAAUGAGAAGCGAGAUUUUAAAUACUUGACUCCAAAGUUGCGACUCGAGCCUGAGAUGCUAUCGGAUACUCAGAUGUGGUCUAAGACAUUCCAUAUGGUCUGUUCUGCAUCCCGUUGUAUUUCUAUCGUCGAACAUAUCUUGCAGCGACGAGAAGAGUUGCAAAAGGCAGGCAAAGCUCCGUCUACGGCGGAUAUAUUCAAGCGUCCCAUCUUUGUCUGGGAGCCGGUCCCUGACCUCUGUACCCCGGAGGAACAAGAGAAGUUCUUCGCUGCAAAUCAAGUCGUGGAUGUCGUGAGUCCCAAUCACAUGGAACUUGGCAUGAUGUUUGACCAGCCCGGUUGGUCCGAAGAAAGUGACGAAAGCCAGAAGCUGGUCCAAAGGAUUUUAGACUCCGGCAUUGGCCAUGACGGAAAUGGUCUACUGGUUGUUAGGGCCGGGAAGGACGGCAGCUACGCUUACUCCAAGACCAGCAAGAUCUGGCUCCCAGCUUAUCACCAACCUGAUCCCUCUGGUGCUACGUCUGUGCUUGACCCCACGGGUGCGGGCAACUCCUUCCUAGGUGCUCUGGCGCAGGGUAUGGUGACUACGGGGCGAGAGCCGUUCCAGGCCAUUGACUCGGUUUUGUCGCACUCCGAGACCUGGACCAAGGCCCUCAACUCUUGGGGCAACUUCCCAAACCACCCCAUGGCACUUAUUUGUGCGACUGUCGCAGCAGGGUUUGUAGUGGAACAAAUUGGUGUGCCACAGAUUGCUGUUGAUGGAAACGGAAAGGAAUUGUGGAAUCAGUCUGAAUUCACGGAACGGGUCCGCCUGUACACGCAGCGAUUAUUGAGGACACUUGAGGAGUCUCCUCGAAAACACCUAUUGACCAAUUGA